AUAUGUUCGUGAAUUCAUUUAAUAUGAAUAAAGAUGUUGAACAUUCAUAAGGUUUUCACACAUCUACAUGGAAAUGUGUAUCUCUUCAGCACAGUUAUGUUUGUUGGCAGUAGUGUUGUUUUGGUGGCACUGAACAGCUUUUUUUCUGUAGAGUAGAACACGGUGAACUUUAUAAAAGGAUUGUAGUUGGAAUUUUUAUUGUUAGUGUAGUGGGAUAGUUAAAGAUGUGUGGGCAUUCACAACUCACCUGUUGUAAAAAUAUGUGUCUGUGUCGUACAGAAAUGAAUAAUAUUCCUAAAAUAGAUAGAUAUGACUGGUCUCUUCAUCCAAGUAUUUAUAUCUUUGUAAGAAAAAGAUGUUUACAGCGCCACCAGCUGUGUCCGUCCAGCACUGCCUCCAACAACAAACACUCGCGCGCGGCAGUGACGUCAUCAUAGUGUCGCGCGCGUUGGCACCGCAAAGCUUCGCGCGUUCAUACGUCUCAAAUUUUCGUUGAAAAUGAAUAACUUCGAGAAAAUAGUGGCGGACAAAGUCCGUCAACACAGGUACCUCUAUGAUCCGAAGAUGCGCGAUCAUGCUGACAUUCAAAUGAUUAAAGAUGCAUGGAAAGAGAUCGCCGUCGCCACGGGAAAAGACGAGGUAGAUUGUCGUAAAGCGUGGAAAAAUUUAAGAGACAAGUUUGUGAGGAUCAAGAAGAGGGUCUACACAAGAAACAUUGAGUCAAGUCCAUACACGAUCAUGACAGAGCUGGGAUGGUUAUGCCAAUUUGUUAAACAUCGGGAAAGAGGCCCAAAUGUAAAGGAUAUAUAUAAAGUGGUCUCCGUUGAAGAACAAAUGAAGACAAACAGCUUCCCAACCUCUCCGGCAUCAGGAACAUCAGAGACUGCAACUUCUGGCAACCCUUCUUCACCCCUGUCCCUCAUGCCAUCAUCGCCACAUCUCCCCACUCUUCCACCCUGUCCGUCACCCAAACGCAGCCCCUCGCCCUGUUCAAUUUCAGCUUAUCCUGUCCCAAGCAUCUCAUCCUGUUCCAAUGCCUCACCAUCUUCUACUGACAUAAUGCCUAAGAGAAUGUCUACCACUGAAGAAGCCUUACUGAAGAUACUGGAGCAGCUGGACUGGGAGAGGGAGAGGGCCAUGCAGCAGGACACUGAAGAUUUCAGAUUUGCUGCUGUCAUUGCUGACAUGUUGUCAAAAAUUGAUCCUCAGCAGAAGCCUGAGGUUAAAUUCAAGAUCCAUCAAGUCCUCUAUGAAGCUGUGCUAAAAACCAAAACAUAGACGGCAUAAUGUUUUAACUGAGACUAUAUUUAUAUAUAUAAUUUCACAGAUUUGUUUGUGUAGUACCUUAUUGUAUAUUGAAUAAAAAUGUCAAAAUUCAA